AUGGUCAUCAUAUUUCAUCAGCAUCCCAUGGGCCACGAAACUAAAAAUAAAACAGCACUUUAUAGUUUCCACAUAGCAUUUUUUUCUCUUCUUCAUCGCGCAAUUCAUUGCCUCACUAUCUCUUCUUUACUUACGAUGAAUCACAUGAUGAUGAAACUUUUGCGCGAAAUACUAGCUUUUGUGAAUUCGAAUGAUACUUUACCAAGCAAUGACGUAGAAAAGUAA